UAAAAUAAACAUAAUAAUAGGAUAAUAGAAUAGAGUUAAGGUCAUUUUUAAUUAGGUUGAAUUUGAUUACAGGUAGAGGGGGGGGGGGGUCACUAUUAUAUCAAAGAUGGAUAACUCAAAAGUAACUACUCCUGUUGAGGUAGUUCAGAAGAAUAAUUCUUUAAUUAAAGGUAUUGCAAAGAUGUCACAGAAAUGGUGUAAGUGUUGGCCUGAAAUUGAGCAACCAUGGCCAGUGAUAGGAACCUUUAAUCCAGAAGUAAUAAAAACAAUACAGGUGCUUGUGUCCACAUAUAAGGCAGACGAAAAGAAAGGAAGAAAAGGUGAAAGACGUAAACAGAAGAGACAAACGGAGCUUGGCAUUCUCCAGUUGUUUGAGAAGGAGGGACAGAAAUGGAUGGAGAUGAAGAAAGACUGUGAAGAGAAGACUGUAGAUGAAAUGAAAAAGAAUGUGAAGAAAACAGAGAAGUUAAUGGCAGAGAUUGAUGCACCCUUCUCACAUGUAGUUCCAGUACAGAGACCUCCACCAUAUAAAAAGGAGAUGGAGCUCAGGGAAGUUUACCCUCAGCUUCCGGUAAUUAGUCAAGAGGGCAAUUACCACAUUAAGAAUGAGGCUGAGCAGGUUAUAGAAGUGGGGAAAGCAGAGACAACUAUUAGGAUGUAUCCAAGUACAAAAAGUAAAAAGAACGACACGUUUGGAGACCAGAGGACAAUUGAGAAUUAAAAGGAUGGAUUUUGGAGAAGUGGAGGAUCAGAGUGAUGAAGAAGAAGCCAUGGGAGGAUAUGAUCCAGCAGUCAGACGACUACUGGCCAGUGCGGAAAGAAGAGGAGGUAAAAUAGGAAGAAGAAUGGAACUGAGAGAUGAAAGUGAAGUUGAAAGUGGAAGUGGAAAUAAAAGUGAAAAUGAUGACAGUGAUGAAGAUUUGGAAAGUGAGAGUCCGACUCUUUUGAAGUCUGCCAAGAUAAAAACUGCUUAUAGAGAACAAGAAAGACAACAGAUUUUAAGAGAAGUUGAAGAGAAUAUAGAUCGAUGCUGUAGAUGUUUGGAUAAAUGCACUACAAUAAAAGGAGGGGAUAUCCAGUGACAGUUCUUACUCAUCAUAGUCUCAGAAAUCUUUUGAACUAUGGCAGGUAUACGUUGACCAUGCCUAGACUUAGAGACUAUAAUAGGCUUUUAGAACAGGAGGAUGUCACAUUAGUCAGAUGUGUUACGAUAAAUCCAGCGGAGAAUUUGCCAACUCCAGAAGAUGGUGAACUACGUGAUUGUGUUCAAGAAGCAGAGAAAUACUCAAGAUUAAGGUCAGAUUUGAAAGCUCUUCCACUGCGUGAGGCAGAUUUAGAAUAUUGGACUGAUGGAUCCUGUUAUCGUGUGGGAGAUAAUUUGAGUGCUGGUUAUGCGGCGGUAAAAGCCCAGGGAACAGGAUUUGUUGUUGAGAAAGCGGAAGUGGUACCGCAGCCUGCAUCAGCGCAGCUUGCUGAAUUGGUGGGGUUAACUGAAGCAUGUCUUUUAGCGGAAGGCAAGCGUGUGACAGUCUAUACAGAUUCUGCAUAUGCUCAUAAUGUGUGUCAUUUGUUUGGAUCGGUAUGGAAAAAUCGAGGGUUUAAGAAAACAGAUGGUUCCCCAAUACAGCAUCACACUCAGAUAAUGAAACUUCUCCAUGCUAUGAUGAAACCUAAAGAAAUAGCAAUAGCUAAAUGUGCAGCACAUAAGAAGCAUGUGUCAAGAGUCACUCAGGGUAAUAAAGCGGCUGAUGAAGCUGCAAAAGCAGUGACAGCAGUGGAGCUGAGAAGUUGGGUGAAGUUUUCUUGGUCACACAUGAAGUAGAUUUGGAGGAUAAGAUUACAGUGAAAGAUGUGGUCUUAAUGCAGGAAGCUGUCUCUGAGGUGGAUAAACAGUUGUGGGUAGAUCGAGGGGCAACACAGGAUUCUACUGGUCUUUGGAGAAAUCAUGAGGGGCUGAUAGUAGCACCUCCAGACCUGUUGGGAUUGAUGAUUCAGGAAGCACAUGGGUUGGCCCAUGUUGCAAGGGGGGAAGUUAGGAGGAAGAUUAUAAAAGAGUAUGGAUUUUGGGCACCAUAUUUGCUUGAGCAAAUUGAUUAUGUUAUAAGCAGGUGCACUAUCUGUCUGAAAAAUAAUGUUCGGAGGGGUGUGAUGGUUCCUCCGGGUCAUAUUCCAACGCCAAGGGGUCCAAUGCGUGAGUUGGUGGUGGAUUUUGUCGAUAUGAUGCAUUUUGGAAAGCGUGACCAUAGAGCUGUUGAUGAUCUAUAUACAGUGACUUUUCAUGCUCCAGAUCACAGACAGAGCAGGACUUUGAUUGUGAAGAAUCAGACUUUGCCAGGAAAUGUGACCAUGGGAAACUUCAAAGAUCUUUGGUGGGUCUGUGAUGAUAAAGCAUAUAUAUUCUUACCAUAUGGGUGGACAGGAUGUUGUUAUUUGGCAAGGCUGAAACUUCCCUAUGAGGUUUUUACUUUGCAGAAGGGACAUGCACCUGAUGAGGUUCAACCUGAUGUUACUCUUGGAAGUAGGGAAAAAAGGGAAUUGGCACAGUUUCAUACUAUGAGAGCUUUUUACUGGAGGAUAAGUUUAGCAGAAAAGUGGGGUCUAGGAUUAUUUCCAUGGUAUGGUGUGAUGUUUUUGGCAGAUCAUAUUGAUAAUGACAAAUACGCAGAAAAGUCAUCGAUUGACGUUGAUAUGGCUCUUGAUUAUAUUUUGGCUAAACAAGGAGGUCUUUGUGUGGCCUUAAAUUUAACUGGGGAUGCCUGUUAUACUUUGAUUCCUGAUGAUUCAGACAAUAUGACAAGUGUCAUAGAUGCAUUGAGGAACAUAAGAGAUGCGUUUGGUCCAUCAAAGGGAGCUGGAUGGUCUGCGAAUGCUUGGUUGCAGGAGAAAUUUGGUCCAAUGGGAGCAAUCCUGGCCCAGAUUUCAAUAGCAGUUGUUUUAUCCUUAUGUUUAAUGUUUUGUUUUUGUACAUUGGUGUUGACUUUUGCAAAGGCUAUGAUAUUGAAGUGGGUUGGAGUCGUGAUGCCUGGACAUCAAGCUCAGAUGCCAUUAUUGAAUAAAAAAGAUGAGGGAGAGUAUGAUGAGGAAAUCAGUGUAGAAGGACACCUGAUGGAGAUGUACCCAUUUUGAAGAUUGUAUUUAGUUAUGGGUUAUUUUAUAGUCUUAUAUCAUAGUGGGUCAUACUUAAGGGUGAUUUAAUGUAUGUGUUGAUGUUUUUAAUUUGUUUUUAAUGUUUGCAAAGAUACUGCUGUGCUCUCUCUUCCUAGACGGAUAUUGAAGGAGGAUCAAUGUGAGAAGCUGGAUGCUCGGGGACUGAAGGACCCUGAACAAGGACACUGUGAUGAGGCCUUACACUGAUUGUGGGACUCAGGAGAAAGAUCACAGUGCAACAUAUUUUUGUCUUGCCAAUAUUAAAAGUUUGUUGUGGUGUAUAUCAUUGAUGUGUACUUGUUAAGAAAGUGGAUGUAUUGGAACCUCAGUUGUUUUCUUUUCUUUUUCGGGGUGUUUAAGGAAAGUAAU